CUGGGUGUUUAUUCUGUAUCUAUUUUACGUGCUAUGCCUCGGCAGUGAUUGCACUUGCUGUGUGUACAUACGCAGGAAGCUGGCUUCUCUAUCCCCUAUGUAAAUAAUAUGUAAUUAAUAUUUAUGGGUGCUUUGUUCCUGUGUAGUUGAAAUAAUGUCUUCCCCCCUCCCCCCCCAAUUUUACCUAGAGGAGCAGUUCCUUUUUAUAUCCACAGGCCUUUAUAGUUAAAAAAUAAAUCUCCAUCUGGACAGGCAUGAAAAGGUAAGUCAUCUCCUGAAUGUGUUUGUGCAUAAAAAUCGAUAUUUUAAUAAUUCUGGAGAGCAUGUCUGAAGACAUACAAUAGCAUUUUGAUGAUCAUGGAAUGUUUAUAAACAUUAAUCAAGAAUUGAUUAGUUCCUGGUUUCACAUUGGGUUGUAAGGACAGCUUAUCUUGUAUAACUACAGAACGCUGAGGAGUUUUAGGAAGCUCUAAGCCCCUGUCGAAUAUUUUUGCCCACAUUUUUACUGUGCAUUAUCAGUGAUCUGCUUAUUCUGAACUGUGUAUGUAGGGCACUGGCAGGGUUACACAUACAAUUGUAUCAUUUUAACUAGGGAUCGACGAUAUUGAUUUAUUUAUUUUUUGUUAGAGCUGAUAUUCUGUACCUUUACCAUUUUGAAAAAAUAAACUAUUUCUAAAGGUAAAUGCACAAAAUAUACAUGCCACAUGUAGUAGAUGCAGUGUGUUUAGACAGGAGCUGUGUGUGUUUGUGUAGUGCAUGCAGUGUGUAUUUGUGUAGUGUGUAUUUAAUACAGUGUGUUUGUGUAGUGUGUAUGUAUAGUGAAUGCAGAGUGUGUGUGUGUGUGUAUGUAUAGUGAAUGUGGUGUGUGUCUAGUGUGUGCAAAGUGAAGUAUUUUUGUGUAGUGCGUGUAUAUAAUGAAUGCAGAGUGUGAUUGUGUAGUGUGUGUGUGUGUGUAUAUAUAAUGAAUGCAGAGUGUGUUUGUGUAGGUAUGUAAUGUGUGUAAAAUGCUUCUUAUUUGGCCAGGGAUAUGGCAUUCCCUAGUGGUCCGGUGGCAUGGACUGUGAAGUGAGGGCCCGCAGCAAGCUCUUACUUACCUUCCCAGCAGCUCCCUUCAGCUACUCUGUCCAACUCUCUCAGCCAGCGUGCCGUGCGGAGCAUUGCCAUGGUAACCCGUGGCAACGCUCUGAUGGCCGUGGGAUUUGCAAGAUUUAGACAGGCGAUCUGAAGGGAGCUGCUGGGAAGGUAAGCAGGAGCUUGCUGCGGGGCCCUCCAGGACCGCCGGGCUUGUAAUGGGCCCGGUGGUCCUGGUAUGUAUUAUCGGCAAUAUCUGUAUCUCUAUAGGCUGACUGCGCUAUUGCCGAUAAUACAGAAUAUUGGCCAGACCGAUAAUCGGUUGAUCCCUAAUUUUAGUACUUGUACUAAGUACUUGUUUAAGUUUGAAGUUAACCUUUUUUGAUGUUAAGGUAACACUCCAAGCACCAAAACCACUACAGACAAAGAGUUUUGUAACGGUUUGAUAGAUUACCUGAAGUCUUCUGGGCAGCACGGUUUAACUGCUUUUUUCACGCAGGUCCUAUGGCACUCUUGUCACAUGCCUCUUGUGGUUACUGCAGGGCUUGGAAUCUAGGGAGCCAGCUAAAAGUUUUUCAGAGAAAAGGCAGUGUUGCCUAAUAACGCCUCUAGUAACAGUCACUCAGAUGGCCACUAGAGAUGCUUCUUAGUCCAGUACUGCACAGUGUGCAGCAACUACGUUUUGCGUCUUCAUGCUUUGCAUGGAGAUUUUGAAUGUUCUACGUAGAGCUGCUGGGCAUGUGCAAUAACCUCCCAAUGCUUUCCUAUGGGAAAACAUUUAAUUGGCCAAGAUAAUAAAGAUUGAUGCACUCAGCCAUGGAGGUGGAGCCAGCCACGGUGAGACCGGCACAGCGUGGGAAAACAGGUGAGUAAAAACACCUUUCCCAUGCUAUCAGAGGGGAGCCAUCACCUAAACACACAGACACUGACUGAAAAACAUACAGAUACUACUUAAAGGGACAGAGUGCAGUUCCACACCCUACCAAAAAUACAGAUGCGCACAUUCUCACAGACACACAUUGUCUCACACACUCACAAAUUAUUACUCAUUUUAAUUCAAUAUUAGUUCAGCCAGCCUCCCUACCUUUGGGAGAACUAGAAUGGAUCCUUUUCUUGGGGUCCAGUGUGGGUGCUGAAAGCUCUUCUUGCUCUGCUCCUUCGCAUGCUGUUUAAUGAUGCCGGGGCCGGAGUGAUGGCAUAUCCUGGCACCUGGCAUCACAGAAGGGUGCACGACGGAGCAAAACAAAAAUAGCCAGAUUACAGAUCCCUUUCCGCACGACUCCACUCUUGCUUAGCCAGCCGCCUCCACGGUCCCUCAAUUAACCUGCUCCACUCUCCCUAGCCACUGGUGAACGGACUGACAAAUACCAGGCACCAGGACGAGCUCUGGGUUACAGUGUUAGGAUUGUUACUUUAAAUAUUUCCCUCUCCACGUUUGUCUCGCCGCAGCUGCUCCACCUCCCUAGGUGAGAUCAUCAAGACUGAUGAACUCAAUCACUCGAAUGCUUCCACACAAGGAAGCAUUAGGAGGCUAAUGCGCAGCAAAUUGAUUGAGAACAGAGUUUGACUCCGUUUUCGGAGAGGAAUCGUUUAUAGUGGUUGUCUUAGACGUGUGUUUUAAUCCUGUAAUGGAAACACUGCAGUUUCUACAAAAUUGUAUGUGUUUACAUUGCAGGUUUAAAACUAAAGGGCCACUGACUAUGACCACUUCAUUGAGAUUAAAUGCUCUGGGUGUCUUUGAUGGUCUUUAAAUAACUAAAAAAUAUAGACAUCUUGAAACCAUUACACAGUCAUGUUUAUGACUAGAGAUGUCGCGAACCGUUCGCGAACUACCCGCGAACGGCUCGCCACGGUUCGCCACAAACCGUUCGCGGCGAGCUCCGGUCAGCUGACACAUCCCGGCCAAUCUCCAGCAGACCCUCCCUCCCAGACCCUCCCACCUCCUAGACAGCAUCCAUGCUGAAGCUGCCUUCAACCUGGAUGCUGUCCAGGAGGUGGGAGGGUCUGCUGGAGAUUGGCCGGGAUGUGUCAGCUGACCGGAGCUAACCGCGAAUGGUUCGUGGCGAGCCGUUCGCGGGAAGUUCGCGAACGGUUCGCGACAUCUCUACUUAUGACAUUUUUUUACUGUUCCAAUAUCAUCUGCAAUGCCUGACUUUGUAGAAUUAACUUCACGUGCAAUCCUGUAUGUACUCCUCUAUGUUAAGUUGCCUUAAUAUUUUGUACUUUAUCCCAUCUUUCAUCAUUUCUUUCAAUCUUUUUCUAAGAAAAAAAACAAACUACCGGUGUAUAUACAUUUUUUAUAUACAUACAAAUAAAGAGACACUAUUUGCACUUUAACAACUUCAUUUUAUUGAAGUUGAUAUAGUGCCUGCAGUCAUGCCCUUCUCAACUACCCCCCAAAACCCUGUAUUACACAAAUUGAGGGCUUGAAAGCACGGCUUCAAUCCACGCCUCAAAACCUUCUGGUUAUGAGAGGCGGGAAUCUUACAUAUUGUGACGUCUGUCGGCUACAGAGAAUCAUUGUAUUCAGGGGUUCUCUAUGGCAGAAUCUUAGGCACUUCAUGCCGUAGGGGAAGGGACCUAAAUGACAGAUGGCAUCAGGGCCAUAGUGUUAGGAAUACAGAUAUGUAUUCCUAAUGCUAUAGUGUUCCUUUAAGUGUAAGUAUGUAAUUUUAAUGUAAUAAUUUAAUUACUCUGAAAUAUCACACUUCACUGAUCUGAUAUCAGGGCAGAACCAAUGAAAGAGAAGAGGGAGUUAAUUCAGUGGAAACUGUGUGGUCCUGUAUUGGCUAUGCUUAGCUGCAGCAAGACAUCCAUCCUCUCCUGCGAGGUUGGAAUGUACUUUCUUUUUUUUUUUUGACAAUCUUUAUUUUCAGUAGUUUGUUAAGCAAGGGUACAGAAAGGAAGAGAGGGAGAACAGUCAGAUCUAUGUUAAGCAUACUUUCAUACACCCAGGACAUGUUUUACAAUAGUGGAUAGGCAUCUUGUGAGAGUUCAGCUAAGGAGGGCAAAUACAAUUAUAGGGCUAUGGUGCCACAAUCCGCACUUCGCUAGUGUCAGGUACCUUUGGUAGCGUGUCCCUCUCUCGUUUUUGUGGCUCUGCGGCGCUAAUGAUCAGGGUUCUAUGGGUCAGGUGUUGGUCUCUGCAAUGGUUAUGCAUGCCGUAGCCCGGGCUACGUCGUGAGAGGUUGUGGACCGCACAGCGUCUAGUCUUCCCGGGUGCGGGCCGUAUGUCACCCCGUCUGUGGGGGGUCCCUUCUGCUGGUUAUCAUCGGGUUAGUCCUGGCUGUGGCGUCUAUGUGUGUCUAUGCCUAGAUCGUAUGGUACGGUCGGUGGGAAUGUACUUUCUAAUUAGGCUUGCUAUAUGAUAAGAGGUAAUUUUAUCUUUUAAGAGUCACUCAAGUGUGUAGGAGGUUGAACAAUGCAAGUAAAAAUUAGUUUUUACCUUGAAAACAGAAUUUAUUUAGCUAUUAAAUGCAAGUGUGCAAGUUCUCAUAAGUGUGAUACUAUCUUAAGACCCUCUUCCUUUUGUCUUUUUAGUGUUUUAUAGGUCUUCUCACUGGACAACAAUGAGUGGUAAAUCUCUGCUCCUCAAGGUUAUACUCCUUGGUGAUGGGGGUGUUGGGAAAAGCUCACUUAUGAAUCGUUAUGUCACGAACAAGUUUGACUCUCAGGCUUUUCACACCAUUGGUGUUGAGUUUCUCAACAGAGACCUGGAAGUAGAUGGUCGACUGGUAACCCUACAAAUCUGGGACACUGCUGGUCAGGAACGCUUCAAGAGUCUACGUACUCCCUUCUACAGGGGAGCUGAUUGCUGCUUGCUGACUUUUAGUGUUGAUGACCGGCAGAGUUUUGAGAAUCUGGCAAGCUGGAGGAAAGAAUUUAUUUUUUAUGCAGAUGUCAAGGAGCCUGACCGCUUCCCCUUUGUUGUUCUUGGAAAUAAGUUAGACAAGAGUGAGAGGGUUGUAAGUACCAUAGAAGCACAAACCUGGUGCAAUGAAAACGGAGGGUUUCCUUACCUGGAGACAAGUGCUAAGGAUGACACAAAUGUGAAUUGUGCAUUUGAAGAGGCUGUGAGACAGGCAUUGGCUGUAGAAGAACAAGUAGAACAUUCAAUACUUGGCCGCACGGUUGACCUACACAGCAACAACAGCACAAGUUCAUCCUGUUGUUAAGUUUGGAGAAAGAAGUUUGGGUGUUCAGAGUAUUAAGGCUGUAGGUGCUGUUAUUGGCCACCGUAGGCAAGGCACGAAAUAUAUUCCGAAGGAAAGCUGGUAAUCACAGUUUUAACGUGCCAACACCAAAGCAAAAAUGCGAUUAUUACAGACAUAUUACUUGCGGUACAUAUAAAUCAAGUGCAAAUAUCAUCUCACAAAAUUAGCUUUAAGUAAGAGUGUGCAAAGUUUUUCACCAACGUGUGUGGAAAAAAAAAAAGGGGGAAGUUGUCAAGAAUUGUCCGCCUCUAACUGAAAUUCUUACAACGCUUUGAGCAGUUUAACAUGAGAUAAUUAAGUUGAUGUAUUUUGCUGCCUUCGUAACAUUGUUUGGAAAGUAGGUAUAUAUCUGAAAUAUAUACCUUCAGAGAAAAGAGCUAAUUUAUUAUAAAGCUAAUCUGUGGAUGUAUUAACCAUAUUUGUCUCAAAAAUCUCUUCUAGUUACUUACCUAGUCAGUAUUAAAUUAUGUUAUAAAUUAAUCAUGUUCUAUGUAAUCGGUACAUAUGUAACCUUUUUAUAAGGAAGUAAACUCCUUAUAUAUGGUUAAGGACCAAACAUGCUGUCUAUUGUUUUUCAAUCACAAAACUGUAAACAUGAUUAACUUCUGUUUUGCUGUAAAGACUAAACUGCUGUAUAAACAUUGAAAACUGAAGAAAAUGCAAAUUUGUCCCCAAACACCUUCUUUUGAAUGUUUUCGUGUCACUCAUUAGUUUUUCUUUAGUAACAUUAUUGGAUUAAUGUUUCAUUAAAGGAACAAGCACCAUAGCCACAACAGUUCGUUAAAGUGCUUAGGGUGUCAGAGUUCUGGUACUCUUAAACCUUUUUAGCAUGGUGUGACACUUCAGGUUGCGCUUGGUGCGCAUGUUGGUUCUGGUGUUCUUAGAACUCAAAAGUCUGACGUCUGUUCUAUUCAAGAACAAAUUAAACUUAUUUAUUGACUGAGUGUCCUCAAAAGACACUCAGCCAAUCAGUGAAAGUCUACAUAGGCAUCUGGAUUUUCCUGCUCAUGAAGACUGGAAGCAGCACAGGCUGCCAGGUAAAUAUCAAACUGCUUUUGAUGCAUUAUGUUUGGACAGUGCAAGGCGGUACUCCUGGCACCAUAACCAUGUAGCAUACAUUAAUACAGCUCAUUGAGAAGUCUGUGAUUGGACAGCCACAUAGUCUGUGCUAGGGAAGAAAGGGAGAGCUUGCAGCAGAUGCAUAGUUGCAUAGACUGAAAAGAGACAUGCGUCUAUCUAGUACAGCCUUUCUCACAUCUGUUUUUGCUGUCUAUCCAAAAGAAGGCAAACCUCCCCCUCCCCCCCCCCACAUAUUUGAAGCACUUUCCAAUUGUGCAAAAAAAUCCUUCUCAACCUCAGAAUGGCAUUCAGAUUUCUCCUAGGAUCAAGAAGCUAUAACCCCAUAUAUUAAAACUUAUAUCCCUGAAUAUUAUGUUUUUGCAUUCAGUUGCUGUUUAAAUAUCUGUCCAGACUGUGAUAAAACCAUCUCUUACGGUAGAGAAUUCCACAUCCUUAUUGUUUUUAUUGUUAAAAAAAAAAAAAAAAUUCCUUUCCCUUAGACUAAAUCUUCUUUCUUCUAGUCUAAGUGUGUGACCUUAUGUCCUAUGUAUAGUCCUAUUAGCAAAAUUAUACAAGGCAGGUACACAUCUGAAAUAUAAAAUAAAAUGUAUAGUCAUGUUUAUGAAUCAUUUCCAGACAUAAUGGUUUGUAUUGCCCCCAAAUGUAUUUGUAUAAUGCUAUCAUAUCCCCAUUGAGGUGCCGUUGUUUUAAAAAAAAAAAAAACUAAACAAUUUAAAUUUGUUAACCAUUCCUCAAAGCUAAAAUGUUCAAUUUCUUUUAUUUUUCUAGCUUGUCUGAACUUUUUCUAGUGCCAUAAUAUCCUUCUUUAGAACAGGUGCCCAAAGUUACACAUCAUAUUCAAGGUGUAGUCUUUCCAUUCAUUUAUAAAGAAGCAAAAUUAUAUUUUUUUCCUGAGAAUGAAUGCCCCUGUUUAUACUUGGUAAUACCUUAAUUGCCAAUGCAACUGAUGAUUGACAUUGCACCUUGUUGCCUAAUUUGUUGUCUAUAACAAUUCCCAAAUCCUUCUUAUGUGUUGUUUUCUUUAAUUCACUACUGUUUAAGGUGUAAGUUGCUUGUGCAUUUUUUAUCUUGAAGUGCAUAAUUUUGUAUUUACAUUAAAUUUCAUCUGCCAUUUGAGUGCCCAGUCCCCCCAGUCUAAAUCCCUCUGCAGCGAAGUAGUAUCCUGCUCACAUUGUAUUGCUUUACAGAGUAACACUGAAACAUGACUUUUAAUGCCUAUUUCAAGAUCAUUAAUAAAUGUUAAACAGUAGUGGUCCUAGAACAGAACCCUGAGGGACACCACAUACCACUUUUGUUCCAAAUUGAAAAUUUUCCAUUAAUGACAACUUUGCAUAAUAAUCUUAUUAUUCUAAUUGCACAAUAGUCAUAACGGGAUGAUUCUGUUUUAUAAUGUUCCUUAAUUGAGUAUAUUGGUAUAACGUAAAAAUGUCCAAAUCCAGAACACCGUAUUAAAGGAAAUGUACUGACACUAACAGAACACAUUUACUACAGAGUGGUAUCACUCACAAGCCUGGAGUCAUAAUCUCAAAUGACUCGAAUGGUUAGCGCCUGUGGACCUUUUAUAGGAUGUUCAAAUCCUUCUUCU